UGUCAAUUUGAGGAGGAAUGUGCGCACUAUGCGUGAUGACGUAGGGGCGUUGAUUGGGAGCGCGGACUGGAGCCCCUCCGUGCGCGGCGCCCCGCCUUCUAUCCAAAUUGAUCUCUUCCUUGAGCUUAAGUAAGCAAUAUGUCAGGUUGGGAGUCUUAUUACAAAAACGAGGGCAAUGAAGAAGAAGAACAAGAAGAGGGCCUUGAAGCAGGUGGAGAAUAUACAUAUUCAGGAAGAGAUAGUUUGAUUUUUUUGGUUGAUGGUUCUAGGGCCAUGUUUGAAUCUCAGGGUGAAGUUGAACUGACUCCUUUUGACAUGAGCAUCCAGUGUAUCCAGAGUGUGUAUACCAAUAAGAUCAUAAGCAGUGAUCAAGAUCUCUUGGCAGUGGUGUUCUAUGGUACUGAGAAGGAUAAAAAUUCAGUGAAUUUCAAAAAUAUUUACGUCUUACAGGAGUUGGAUAAUCCAGGUGCUAAACGAGUGCUUGAGCUUGACCAGUUUAAAGGGGAGCAGGGGAAAAAACAUUUCCAAGACCUAAUUGGCCAUGGAUCGGACUACUCACUAAGUGAAGUGCUGUGGGUCUGUGCCAACCUCUUUAGCGACGUCCGGGUCAAGAUGAGCCAUAAGAGGGUCAUGCUGUUCACCAAUGAAGAUGACCCCCAUGGCGAUGACAGUGCCAAAGCCAGCCGGGCCAGGACCAAAGCGGGGGACCUCCGUGACACAGGUAUCUUCCUGGACUUGAUGCACCUGAGGAAACGUGGGGGCUUCGACAUAUCCUUGUUUUACCGAGAUAUCAUCAGCACAGCCGAGGAUGAGGACCUAGGGGUUCACUUUGAGGAAUCCAGCAAACUGGAAGACCUGUUGAGGAAGGUUCGCGCCAAGGAGACCAGGAAGCGCGUGCUCCAGAGGUUGAAGUUUAAGCUCAGCAAAGAUAUAGCGCUCACUGUCGGCAUGUAUAAUAUGGUCCAGAAGGCUUUCAAACCUCCUCCAGUGAGGCUUUAUCGGGAAACCAAUGAACCAGUGAAAUCCAAGACCCGGACAUUUAACGUAAAUACGGGCAGUUUGCUUCUGCCUAGCGACACCAAGAGGUCUCAGAACUAUGGGAAUCGUCAGAUUGUACUAGAGAGAGAGGAGACAGAAGAGCUGAAACGCUUUGAUGAACCAGGUUUGAUUCUCAUCGGUUUCAAGCCCUUGAUAAUGCUGAAGAAACACCAUUACCUGAGGCCCUCCCUGUUCGUGUACCCUGAAGAGUCCCUGGUGAACGGGAGCUCAACGCUGUUCAGUGCUCUCCUCACAAAGUGUCUGGAGAAGGAGGUCAUGGCAGUGUGCAGAUACACCCCCCGUCAGAACAUCCCUCCUUAUUUUGUGGCCUUGUUGCCACAAGAAGAAGAGCUGGAUGACCAGAAAAUUCAGCUGACUCCCCCAGGCUUCCAGCUUGUCUUCUUACCCUAUGCUGACGAUAAACGGAGGGUGCCCUUUACUGAAAAAGUCUUGGCGAACCCAGAGCAGAUAGACAAGAUGAAGGCUAUUGUUCAGAAGCUCCGAUUCAACUACAGAAGUGACAGCUUCGAGAACCCAGUGCUGCAGCAACACUUCAGGAACCUGGAGGCACUAGCUUUGGAUCUCAUGGAGCCCGAGCAAGCGGUGGACCUGACCCUGCCUAAAAUUGAAGCAAUAGAUAGAAGACUGGGCUCCCUGGUGAAUGAGUUUAAGGAGCUUGUCUACCCACCAGAUUACAAUCCUGAAGGAAAAGUUCCCAAGCGGAAACAAGGAACUGGGACGCGGAUAGGCUGGCUUGAAGUUAAUCAUGAGGUUGCAUGCAAGAUGUUGGUCAGGCCUGCAGUCCUCCGAAAGAUUGACUGAGGCUGGAGGAUCCACUUACAAGAAGGCUGAUUAAUCUGGUUUUUAAUUUUCUGUAUUUUGUUUUGACAUCUGGGGUGGGGGGUGCUUAUAAGCCUGGGGAGAAACUGCCCCUCCCAGGGCUACCUAGUUCGUGAACAUAGUUAACAGUGUAUUUGCUGGCAUGUCUCUCAUGUAAGCCAAACACCUUACCAACAUUGCCCCUGCCCUAAGUCAUCCCAGGGCCAGCUGCCAGGCAACUCGAAACCACUCUUACAGCCCAAAGCCCACUGGAAUUGUUCAGACUAGUGAAUCCUGAGCUGUUUUAUUUUGCCCUGCCUUGCCUUUGCCAGAAACCCCAGUAAAGACCGUGGCCUAAGUUUUCCCCUUGCUCUUGCUUCUACCACCUGACCAAAUCUUGGGUGCUUCUCUUGUGGCCCUGUGUAGUGUGGCAUGCCUCCUUCUCUUGGCAAAUCUAAGUAAUAAAUUCUUCCAAUGGCAUCGACCUCUCCUCUCCUUAAUUUGUAGUCACCUCUGUAAAUUAAGAUCCUGUGAGUACAGAUGAGACAGGCUCAUUGCCGUGGCUGGCAGUUAAUGCUAGCUAUUGGCUAGAAGCCUUCAGACCUCUUUACAGGUUGCUUAAAGGACUUCACAACACGGCUAUGACUUCCCUCAUAGCCAGUAAUCCAAAGACAUGAAGGCAGAAGCUGUAAUGUCUUUUAUGGAGCCUUAGAAGUCACACAUCAUUCCGCCAUGUUGGUCAUCAGUCCAGCUCUGAGUUGGUGUGGGCUCAGACUGCACAAGGGCGUGAAUUCCAGGACGUGAGCAUCACUGGCGGCCGUCUUGGAGCUGGCUGCCAUAGGACAUCAUGGAAAAUAUUCACUUGAUACUUUUUCUUCCUUCAGAAGAGGACAAGCAGUUAUAUCCACCUACCCGACCCCCACCGUAAGCAGAUAUGUCUGCUAAAAUUAGAGGCACAUACCUGAUUUCUCAAAAUGUAACUUAGCUGACGUUGAGAGGGACUCGGGGAUAACUGUCUAAAACAAGCUCCCCUUCCUUCCCUAUCACAGUUUGGGAUUAAAGAUAAUGGAAAUGCAUUAUUUAGUACUUAACAGACUACAAAUGACCUUUAGCAAGGUCAUUAUUAUAAAUGUAAAAAAUAUUCCUUAAUCGUGGGGCCUCUCAGGAAACUUAUUCUAAAACAGAAGUUCCUAACCAGUGUGUUUGGGGUCAGAGGACCCUUUCAGACAUGAUGAAAGCCACUGGAUUCUCUCCAAAAUGUUUAUAUGCAAAAUUCUGCAACCAUCUUCAUGGAUGGCUGGAUGGAAAUUACUUGAUGUCCCUGCUUGCAUGUCUAGGCUUUAGGAAUUAUUCACUCUCCACUUUUGGAGCAUCCAUGUUAGGGCACUGCCGCAGGUGCUAGGGCAUCACCCAAGUUCCUGCUCUCUCAUGAGGGCGAUAAUCAGAAAACCACCUCAGAGACUAGUUAAGGACAAGUUAAAAAUUGAUGUCACAGCACUGGGGGCAAGAGGAGAGAUGAGGUAGUUUGUACCUCAGGCCCUACAGAAGUGAUACUUGAAUCAAGGCUGGCAUGAGAAAGCCAUCAGUACAGUAAAGGAACACCAAAUAUGAGAAGAAAGUAGGUUUGGAGUGUUGGAGAAACCAAAUGUGAAACACUAAGCAAAGACAGAACAUGGUGGAGAGGCAGACACAGGACAGGCAGUGGAGGCCACUAGGACCAGGGGAGAAGACCCAGUUUUUUUCAGAGGAUCGUAGAUGAACACCCUGCCCUAUGAAGGCUUAUGAUGUGGCCAUGGCAACUGGGCUAACACUCCAGAGUAAACUGGGUGUGAGGGGUGAAGAUCCCAGGAGUCCCUGCCCCACCCCACUUCUUAGGGCUCUAGUGGAGAUGGCCCGGUUUCCACCUAGGUGGAGAUCAGUCUUCUUGAACUUUCAGCAUCCCCCAAAUUAUUUCCGUCUUUUAAGGUAUGAUUAUAAAUGUAUAUACACAACAAAAGACAGUAAGCACCUCAAACUCCACCAUCCACAAAUCUAAAACUGCUUAGGGUGGGGUGGGGCUAUAUAAACACUGGAAUGAGCUGGGAGAAAUGACUAGCCCAGUAGGCACAGAACAGGCCUCAGCAGGACAGGGUGGUUUCCAAGUUUCCUCAUAUGGUCCCAAGCUGACCUAAAGGACACUAAAUAAAAUCCUCACUCUUCUGACCAUUAUGGUAUCCAGUUAUCUAUACUUCGGAAGAGAACUUCUCUUGCUGAGGUACACGGAUCUCAUGGUGCUUAGCCUAAGAUAAUGGGUAGAAGAGGCAGGUGAGGUGGCAAUGGCUUCAGUCAUCACCUACCCCCCCCACCUCUCUAGCAUCUGCCAAAGGCUACUAGGAGCCCUAGUUCUGCAACAGUUCUCAACCAGGGGUGACUGCCACCAGGGAACAUCUGGCAACGUCUUAGGGGUGGGAGAUUGCUACUGACAUCUGGUGGGUAAAGGCCAGAGAUGCUGCUGAACAUUCAGCAGCGGAGGGGCAGCCCCCUACUGUAAAGAAUUAUCCAGCCCCAAAACAUCAGCAGUGCUGUGGGUGAGAAACCCUUUCUAGCAUGAGAGCAACACCUCAACGAUCAUGUCUGUACAAGAUACUCUGAGCAAUAGAAAUCACCUGAGGUAGUGGCUUUUCCACACAUUCUUGGUAAAAAGCUUGAGAAGCUAUAACCAUUCUAAUAAUGCUAAGCAGUUCCUCGUUCAGGUAUUAGCUGGCUACAUACCAAGACUCACACUUUCUUUAAAUCGGAAUAUGAAUAUAUUUCUUUAUUAGGAUGCUCACAAGAAUGACACACUAGCACUGUCCUUCGAUGUGAUAAAGAGUACAUACAUCUGACCCACAUCGUGGCAGGAAACGGGAGUCAGGGCUCUCAGAGCUGGUACUAAGUGUCCACUGAAGACAUCUCCAUUCACCAGAGAGGAUGUUUCCUUGAUGCCAACAUCUCUGCUGUAGCUUCCAGUCAGGUCUCUGUGACUUGCCCAGACUUCCUCAUUCCGGCAUCAGCUGACCCUUUUUUUCCCUAGCCACUCUGGAUUCCUUCAAGACCUAGGUCAGCUGCCUCAUGUCUGACUGGUCCAGGCAGCCUCUGGAAUUCUGCAGCACAUCUCUUUGGUAUGCUGCUGCCCCGCCACCCUCAGGGGCAUGGUUGGGAGUUGGGGGAGAGGGGGAAUAAUAUCACAUGACCAAAGCAGACAGCAGUGGUAUCGGCAAAUGACACUUGGACAUACAUCUAACGACCUCACAGAAUACAUGCUUUCUCCCCAAAUGAUACAUAACCCCCUAGCGGGCAAACACGUAUGGAAUGAUUCUGUUCUCCAGGCACAAGGGAUACAAAGUGAAUGGCGUUUACAUCCAUCAUGUCCUACAUACAGCAGGAAGUUAGCGCCUGAAUGUUGGAACCAGAUCUCUAGCCUGGCUCUUCCCUGCCUUUGAAUGGUGUCACCACUCUGUUUCCGCCCGUUUUCGGCAUUAGUUCAUUUUUCAAAAGAGAGGAUAGGACGGCAGAGAGAGUAGAAUGGGAGAUUGGGGUGGGGGAUUAAUAUAUGGAUAACAUCCUAUAAAACAAAAUAAAAAUAAUACAAAAAUGCAAAACCCAGAUUUAGUACUAGAAUAUAACGAGAAGGAGCUGGAGAAACUACAUGUGAA